CGCGCGCCACGUGCUCCGCGCUCUAGCCGUCUAGCAUCGACGCAAAAUGACUUUUUUUUUCCUUUCUUCUUUCGGUCCCCUCCUCGCCGUCCCCAAUCUGCGCUGCCGCUUCUUCUUCUUCUCCAAUUCUCAAUUCCUCUUCGUCGCCUCGCGCCUGGGCGGGCAUCCCUCGGGUGCCGCGCCAGCAGCAGGGGUGCGGUGCAGUUAACGCCAGCGCGCGUGGCUCCACGGCCCGGUCUUGCCGCGAUCCGUUGCAAUCCUGAUUCCCUUCCUCUCCAGAAUUCCUCCUCCCAUGUGCGUGGAUCUCGGGGCCCGCGCGGGCUAGGGUUUAUGGCUUUGGUCAAUCCAUGGCGUGCGGUGCCGAGGUCGCCCUGUCGCUUCUUCUUUAAUGCGCGCUGAUCCCCAUGGACGCCGAGUCCCCACGGGACGCUUAUGGAUUCGCGGUGCGGCCACAGCACGUGCAGCGUUUCCGCGAGUACGCCAAGAUUUACAAGGAAGAGGAGGAGGAGAGGGCGCACAGAUGGAGGGACUUCUUGGACAGGUUGGCUGAGUCAGCCAAUGUGCCCGCCACACCCAGCGUUUCACCAUAUGCAGCUACCAGGGAUGGUGCCACAGGAGCAGAUCAGGCGCAAGAGAAUAACAACAUCGGAACACAUUGUGAUGAUGAUGAAGAAGAGGAGGGAGCUGAGAAUGCAGAAGGUAACAAUAAAUUGGAAAACCCGAAGGAAGCUGAUACCAGUGUUGAAUCACGAGAAGCAAAUGGUAAGUCAGAAGAUCUGAAAGAUGUAACUGACAACUUGGAUGAAGUGAAAGAGGAGACUAGUAGUAGCUCUACAGAAGCAAUCAAAGCCUUAGAGGGCUUGAUGGAAGCCAAUGGUGACGUUGAAGAACUAAAAGAUUUUAAUGAAAGCUCAGAAGAAUUGGAAGAAGAGAAUAAUGAAAACUUGGACAAGCUGGUAGAGCUCUUCUUGGAUAAGGGGUUGUUGGAUGAACUGAAGCCCAUAAAAGUUGAGUCCCGGCGGCGGGUACGGGCAGCGCUUAGCAUCAUUGAUAAAAUGAUGAGCUCUCGGGUAGUGAAGGGUGGUAAUGGUGCAAAUGAUACUCAUGGAAAGGAUGGAGCACAGCUUGCUUCUAUUGAAGAGGAAGGAAGGACUGCAGAAGUGAGUCAUGACAGAGAUCCAGCUGAGGUUGAGGAGCCUUGUGUUGUGGAGAAGGUUGAACUUGGACAGGAGACACCUGAUGAUUCUACAGGUACUGCUUUGGAGGGAGGCAAUGAUGGGUCUUAUUUUCCUUGGAGGGAGGAGCUUGAGAGCUUGGUUCGUGGAGGCGUGCCAAUGGCUCUUAGAGGAGAGAUAUGGCAAGCAUUUGUGGGUGUCGGUGCUCGGAGGAUUACUGGGUACUACAACAAAUUGCUUGAUGACAGGACUGUGACAUUGGAUGAAAAGGACCUUGUGGACCCAGUGGUCAAUGAACAAAGAAGUGCACUGAGAAAAGUUACACAGCCUGAGAAGUGGAAAGGACAGAUAGAGAAGGAUUUGCCACGAACAUUUCCAGGACACCCUGCAUUAGAUGAGGAUGGGAGGAAUGCUUUGAGGCGGUUAUUAACCGCAUAUGCAAGGCAUAAUCCAUCAGUUGGGUACUGCCAGGCCAUGAACUUCUUUGCUGGGCUAUUUUUGCUAUUCAUGCCUGAAGAAAAUGCAUUUUGGGCUUUAGUAGGGGUUAUUGAUGAUUAUUUUGAUGGAUACUACACUGAAGAAAUGAUUGAAUCUCAGGUUGACCAACUCGUCCUUGAGGAGGUUGUACGAGAAAGGUUCCCUAAAUUAGCCAAACAUAUGGAUUUCUUGGGAGUUCAAGUGGGAUGGGUGACUGGACCAUGGUUCCUUUCAAUUUUCAUCAAUAUGCUUCCAUGGGAAAGUGUACUUCGUGUUUGGGAUGUCAUCCUUUUUGAAGGAAAUCGUACAAUGUUGUUCAGAACGACGCUUGCUUUGCUGGAUUUAUAUGGGCCUGCACUGGUGACCACAAAAGAUGCUGGAGAUGCAAUUACACUACUGCAGUCUCUGGCUGGAUCUACUUUUGACAGCAGCCAGCUUGUAUUGACAGCUUGUAUGGGCUUCCAAUCAGUUAGAGAAUUGGGAUUGAAAGAGUUAAGGAAAAAGCACAGGCCUGAAAUUUUAACUGCAAUGGAGGAAAGAUCGAAAGACCGGGGCUCCUGGAAAGAUAAGAAGGGGUUAGCAACCAAACUUUAUAGCUUUAAGCAUGAUCCUUCAUUCGUGUGCUCACCAGUUAAGUCCAAGGACGGGUUAGAUGGUUCAAAGGUGAAUGGAGAGAUUGGGCCAGCAAAUCUUGAGACCUAUCUUACUGCUAGUUCUAUACUGGAUAAUGAUUUGGAUCAGGGUGUUGAUCUUCAAGAUCAGGUGUCAUGGCUAAAGAUUGAACUAUGCAAGCUGCUCGAGGAGAAAAGAUCAGCUGAUCUCAGGGGUGAGGAAUUGGAAACUGCUUUGAUGGAAAUGGUUGAGCAUGACAACAGACGUAUGUUGAGUGCUAAGGUUGAGAAGCUGGAAGCAGAGGUAUAUGAACUGCGAAAAGCUUUUUCAGACAAGCAAGAGCAAGAGCAAGUAAUGCUUCAGAUCUUGUUACGAAUGGAGCAAGAACAGAAAGUGGCAGAAGAUGCCCGCAUAACCGCUGAGCGAGAUGCUGCUGAACAAAAACAUGCUGCUCACUUGCUCCAGGAGAAGUAUGAAGCAGCAAUGGCAGCACUUUCACAAAUGGAGAAAAGAGCUGUAAUGGCAGAAACAAUGCUGGAAGCUACAAAGCAUUACCAGGCUGGGCAAGUUAAAGCCAACCAAUCUUUCACUUCAAGUUCACCUCGUGCGGACCAUGUUCCUGGGAAGGUAGAUCAAGAACCAAACCAAGAUGCACCUAACAGGAGAAUCGGCAUCAGCCUGCUUUCUAGGGGACUUGGAUGGCUUGACAAGAACAAGCAGGGAAGGCAGAAUUCCACUGAAACAUCUGGAGGCUAAACUCAUCUACGUCCAGGAUGAAGUCAUAGCUCCGAACAAGACCUGGAUUGUUCAUUAAUGCUUGGAUUGCCUGAGCACCAUAAGAACGUGUUGAAAUCAGCAGCGAUGUUUUCUCGUGAAGAUUCAGCUGGCAUUUACCAUGAAGUUUUGGAGGAAGUGUAUCUUGUAUCAUAUUGAGUUCAGUUGUCAGAUGAAGUUUUGUUGGUAGGUCAGAAAGGUUGCCGCAAGUCAUCGGUGUAAAUUUUCUUUUAUUAAUUUCAUUAAGAUUGUCAAUAGUGUUCCAGGUAGGAGAAAGAGAAGAACACAACUUCCUAUACUACACAUGAAAAGAAGAAAAACUUGUGUUAGAUUAGUUACAGUAUCAUGGAGUUGUUCUGGAGAAGAGCAUGCUUUAUAUCUCAUCAGAAAUGUCAAAACCACUGAAGAGAUUAUCUCUGUACUUUUGUUCUUUUGAUACGUGUGGCUCUGACA